GAACUAUGUGUCACGUUUUUAUUUCUGAUGGUCGGUGAAAAGAAUAUUCUAAUUCAAAAGUCAUACAAUUUUUCUUAUAAAUUUUAAUAAUAAACGCAUGUAGUCAUUUACUUUUUACGAGGCAAUUUGUUAUUGCCGCUAAAUAUAAACGAGGAGUAAAAGUUUGCAAAUGAUAUAUUGGGCUUUAUUGUGUCUGACGCUACUAGUGUCAGUGCAAGGAUUUCCGACGGAGCAAAGAAUAUCGGAGAAACAGCCAUCGCAAGCAAACGAAUUGAUAAAACCGAAUAAAAUUAGAGAAACAGCACGCGAUUGUAAAGCCAAGUGUGCAUCGAGUAUUGCCCAGAAAGCAGCUGCUGAAGCUAAAGCUGCUCAAGCUGCACAAAAUGCCGCUGGUGCCCAAGCAGCUCAUAUGGUUAAGACUCAAUUAGCAGAGAAAGCACUUCAAGCAGCAAAAGCCGCCGAAGCCGCACUAGCUGGCAAACAGGCUGUUGUGGAGCAACUUCAACAAGAAGUAAAGGAAGCUGAAGCUGUAGUUGCAGAAAAUACUGCAGCGAUACGCCAACAGCAAGCUGCAGUUAAUGCAGCAGUUCAAGCAGCCCAACAAGCUACAGCACAACACAAAAUAUUGACGCAGACUUGCCAACUUGCCGCUCAGCUUGAAAAAGCGACGCUCUGCGUUUUAGAAAAGGUAAAAUUCGGUUUACAAGAAAAGUGUCACAAUUUGGCCGAAUCUCGGUCUCGAUUGGCUCAUCUACAACAUAAGCUACAAUGUGCUUGUGCUGAAUGUGCCGCUACUAAGCAAGCUGCUCACGCGGCAUGUGAGGCUGCACGUGCCGCUUGUGGGAAUGCGCGGAGAAAACGUUUGGCUCGAAGAAAUAUUACAGCAAAAAAACAAUCUAAUCGUAGAAAAUCUGGCUCGAAUGAAAACAUUCCGAAAACAAGUUAAUUGAAAAUUCGUACAGAUAAACUCGAUCUUUACAUAAUUUAAAUAGAUCUUCUACAUACACAACAACGGGCUGGUACAGGUUUUAGGAGAUGGGAGUAAGAAGUAUUAAGUGCUUUUAGAUUAUUAACGUGUACAGUUGUUUUGUUAAGUACUUAUAUUUAGUAAGCCGUUUGAUAAAUCUACAUUUCUUUAAGAUUCUGUUGUAGUUGAUAGGAAGGUUUAAUUUGUAAAUAA